UGAGCCCCUUUUUCUUGUGCUUACUCUCCACCACUCUCCUUGUCUUCCAUUGUCCAUCCAACUAUGGCUCGUGGUUUGUCGCCACUGCUUCUGGUGCUUCUCAUCACCGCCACCGCAUCAUGGCGUAUGUCUCCUCUCUUGGGCGCCGAGGCGAAGCGGCUGAGCAAGGCAUAUUACAAAGACUCGUGCCCGUACCUCGAGACGAUUGUUCGCGAGAUCGUCAUUGACGAAGUUCGCAAAGAUCCCACCACCCCCGCGCCACUUCUUCGCCUCCACUUCCACGACUGCUUCGUCCAGGGUUGCGAUGGCUCGGUGCUGCUCAAGUCGACGCCGGGCAACAAGGCGGAGAUGGACGCGCCCCCCAAUCUGUCGCUGAACGGCUUUAAUGUCAUCGACCGCAUCAAGACGGCCGUCGAGGCCAAGUGCCCCGGCGUCGUCAGCUGCGCCGACAUCACCGCCCUCGCCGCGCGCGAUGGCGUCCACCUGGCCGGCGGUCCGUACAUCAGCACGCAGCUGGGCCGGCGCGAUUCGCGGACGUCGAAGGCGGCCCUGGCGGUGCAGUUCCUGCCGGGGCACCAGAUGGACGUGAACGCGCUGCUCAAGAACUUCGCCGCCAUCAACCUCACGCUCGUCGACCUCGUCACGCUCUCCGGCGGCCACACCAUCGGCGAGUCGCACUGCGACACCGUUGCGCACCGCAUUGCGCCCAACCGCGACCCGACGAUCGCGCGGUCCAUGCGCAAGUACCUGGAAGGGCACUGCAAGGCGCCCAGGGUGGAUGGCACCAUCCCCGUGGUCCUCGACAUCAAGAGCGCCAAGCGCUUCGACAACCAGUACUUCAAGAACCUGCAGCGCAAGUUCGGGCUGCUGUCGAGCGACCAGGUCCUGGCCAUUGACUCGCGCACCAAGGAGCUGGUGAACCAGUUCGCGGCGGACAAGAAGGGCUUCUUCCGCAACUUCCGCCGCUCCAUGGUGCGCAUGGGCUCCUUCGGCGUUCUCACCGGCCGCAAUGGCGAAAUCCGUCGCACCUGCAGCGUUGUUAACUGAGCAGGCGCGAGCGAAUGCGGGGUCUGGGUAGCGCUGGUUGUUUGGUGACUGGUAGAGGGUAGGAUGUACGGCUGGGAUAGGGAGGGUGGUUGCAGGGGAAUGUAGCGGGUGAUGCUGGAUCACUGCCUUGUGGACUGCGCCGCUGCACUUAGAUUGGCAUGACCAUGUCCUUAGGGAUGGAAAUAAAAUCUUUUCUGAGUG